AUGCUGCCCGCGCCGCGCUCGCAGGUGCGCCAGAACUACCACCCCGACCGCGAGGCCGCCGUCAACGGCCAUUUCACCCUGGAGCUCCACGCCUCCUUCGUGUGCCUGGCCGCGGCCUUUUACCUCGACAGCGACGACUUGGCCUUGAAGCACUUCACCCGGUUCUUCCUGCGCCGCUCCCACGAGCACAGCGGGCGGGCCCAGGGCCUGAUGUGCCUGCAGAACCAGCGCGGGGGCCGCCUCAACUUCCAGGACAUCAGGAAGCCAAUACCAAAACCCAACAAGGUAGAAAAAGUUAACUACAUGCUGACCACAAGAAUGUAUAACCCAGACCUGCUGAAACCAGAAGGCUGA